UCAGAAAAGGGAGUUGGGGGGGGGGGUUCACCCAUUGUCUUUAGGGUUCAUUCCAUUCCCCCAGAGUCCUGAGGGGAAAGAUUUGGGGUGCUCUUGGCUUUUGGGAUAAUUUUUCCAUGCCUAGAAUCCUAUGGAAUACUGGGGUGACACCCCCCCCCCCCCCCUUUCCUCAUGUUUUCGGUCCCUUUUCCCUUAGUAGGUCUGCAGAGGGGGUCAUGGGAGUCCCUAAGAGUCCUGAAGGAAAGGAUUUGGGGGUGCCCUUGUUCCUUGGGAUUACUUUUCCCACUUAAAAUCCCAGGGAAUAUCGUGGUGUCACUCCCCACGUUUUAGGUUCUUUUUCCCUUAAAAGUUUGGGAAAGGGGCAUGUGGAAGCCCCCUCUGCAUUCCCUCUGGGGUAUUUCCUCCCCUCACAUCCCAAAAAAGAGGAUGUGGGAGAUCCCCUCAUUAUCUGGGAGAUCCCUUUCCCCUUGCCAGGCACAGGGAAGGGGGGAUUUUAGGAUUCUCCAUGUCCUUGUGGUCCUUUUCCUUUCCCAGGAUUUAGGAGCUCUCUGUUACAGGUAAGGGGGGGGGGGGUCUCCCUAAACCUUUGUGGACUUCCACAGAUUUUUGGGGACAUAUUCCCUGCUUUUUUGGGAAUAUUCCUGGUGUAAUAAAGCCUUGCCUUUUCAAGUCUGGAUUGGGGGUGAGGGGGAAAGGGAUCAAUGUUAUUCCUGCCCUGGUGAAGAAGGGAAUUUACGGAUCCCACACUUCCCCAGCUGCUCCAGGUGCCUCAAGGAUCUGCUCCUCCCCCGAUUCCUGGGAUUUUUUUUGUCCAGUCACUUGCUGCAAAGGGAAACUGGAGCUGCUGCCGUGUCCUGGCACGGAGCAGCCGAUCCAUCCCAUAUCCCAACCCCCCUUGGCUGCCUUUCCAAACUUAUCCUGGAGCUGGGAAACCUGGAAAAUCAACUCCAGGUACACCUGGGCUCUGCUUAUCUCACCUGUCCCUCUUUCCUCGUGCUGCUGUUCCCACAUUUCCGUCACCUCGGUGGGAUUUGUCCUGUCUUUUUUUUUUUUUUUUAAAUCUCAAUGCUCAGGGAUCCAUUUCCAAACUAUUUUGGGAACAGGCAGAGCCUGCUGUUGUGCUCCAUGGGGUUUUUGAAGGAUUACAUCCCUGACUAAACUUGCUGAGGCUGCCGCAUCGGCGUUCCCAGAAAUCCCGGAUGGAUUUGUUCUGUCGCAUCCAGGUCACCGAUGAUUUGGGAUUGAUUGGGAUCCCGAUAAUCACAAUCCUUAGGGAUGAGGAAUUCCCUUUUUCUGAGCUGUUUUGCUGUAAUUCUUUCCUUUUCCAGAUGUGUCCCAUUUCUCCCUGACCUUCAGGUAGGAUUUUUCCUCACCUGAGCUGCUCGUUCCCAACUCUUUUUUUUUUUUUUCCCUAUUUCUCCUGAAGGUGACACUUUCCAAGUCUUUCCCUUCUGCUGAUUUCCCAUAUCCAUGAUUGUCUCAUUAGGAAUUUUCAGCUUGGAGCAGAAAGUCGUGGUUUUUAGGUGACCAUCAGGGAUGGGAAUUGUAUUUUCCUGGAAUAUGGAGCUUUGUCUCGUAGCAAAGGUUCUUCCAGGAAAACUGAUGGACACAGAAGAGAAAUUACUGGGUUUUUUUUCCCCAAUUCUUCCUUGUUUAGAAGCUUUAUUUCCUUGGAAAUUUGGGGUUUUUCAGGACUGAACAUAAGGUUUGGCUGCUCGUGGAAGCAAAAAGGUGCUACAGGAAUGUUUGCAAUCACCCAAAAAUUGGGAUCCUGAAUUCCAUCAACACAUGCCAGGACUGGGAUGGCAGGAGCAAAAAAAAUGAGGACACGGAAAAAUCCCUGCUCCGUGGACAAAGUUUGGCUGGAAAAACACCGGAACGACGAAGCCGAGCGGGAAGCGCCGGAGCGGGAAGCGCCGGAGCCCGAGGCCGUCAACGGGAUCUGCCACGAGGAUUCCAUCGAGGGGGAGUUCAAGGGGGACCCGAAAAAACCCAGGAAUGGCAAAAAGCAGCGGAAAAGGAAGCGCUCCCCGAAACCCAAAGCUCAGGAUUCCAAGCUGGAGGCGAUCCUGGCGGGAAUGUCGGCGGAGCACGUGUGGUUUGACAAACCCUUGUAUGACCGCGCCGAGAGCGCCUACAGGAUAAAAUUAGCGGGUUCCCAGAGUUGGGAAUCAACUGAGACUGGAAAAAUGGCUCAGGAAUCUCCUGCCGUGGCCAGGAAAUCCAGCCAAGAUAUUCCCAAGGUGAGGAUGCUCCCGGCGUGUUCCCACGGAAGCCUGGCCGCCUGUCACCACGUUGUCCAAGGGGUUUGGAUCAACAAGUUUGACUUCGAUAAGGCCGAGAGGGCGUUCAUGGAGAAAUCCCAAUUUUUCCUUCCUCCCAAUGUCCUGGCCAUCCCAUCUGUGUGGGCGAAUUCCAGGCUGGGAACGCCGGAUGAGGGCUAUGGCACGGCCUUGCCCACUCCUGCCACGCCAGGCUUGGCUCCUGGCAUUCCCAACUCUCCCGUGGCUUCUGUUCCCAGUUUGCCCAGCUCCGACCAGCAGACGGUCAAUGGGAAGCCGCAGAUUUCCAACUGGGAAGUUCUGGCAUCCGAGGUGUGGCUGGAAAAGCCUCUCUACGAUGAUGCUGAGAAGAAUUUUUAUGAGAAGAUGUUGGAUGAAACCCAACAUGGCUGCCUGGAAGCAUCCAAGAACCACAACCCUGGGAAGGAAACAGGAAUCACCUCCACCAACCCUGAGCUCCCUGAUAUUCCCAAGGAAAAUCCCACCUGCUUUUUCCUGCACAAGGACAGUGAAUCCGUGUGGCUGAAUAAGGUGACCUAUGACAGGGCAGAAUCCAGGUAUUUUGCCCUGGAAGCGGCCAGAGCAGCGGAGAAAACAGGGAUCCAGGAAUCUGCUGUAGGAAAUCCCUCCCAUCCAGCUGCUCCGAGCAUUCCCGCUCCGGAAACGAAGUAGGAGAAGUUUCUUUGGGGGUAACACCCAUGCAAAAAAAAAAAAAAAAAAAAGCCAGCCAGGUCGGGAUUGAGCCGGAAGGAAUUUGCAUGUGGAGAAGACUGGGUGGACUUGGAGAUGAUCCCUGUGGGCAGGGGACAGGGGGGAAAAUCCUUCAAGGAAUUCCCUUUUCCUGAGGAAUUCUGGUGGAUAAAGGCUGUGUUUGUGUGGAGCUAGAGGUUGAAUGUUUAAAGGCAGGGCUGGGAAGUGAGCUCAUUAUCCCCCUUUUUGCAUGGAUUCAGCACCAUCCUCCUUUCCAUCCUCUCAUUCCAUAUAAAAAUCAGCAUCAUAACCGGGAUCCAGCUUGAAGAAGGUUUGGAAGUGACUGGAAUACAAUUUAGGGAAUCACUUUGGUGGGAGCAUGUGCUGUAGUUUGUUUUUUUGAGGGAAUUUUUAUCCAGUCUGUUAAUUUUUGGAAUGCCCUUGCAUCUUCUCCAAAGGCUGAGGUAGAGAUGGAUAUUCCUGGAAAAAAAGACUCUUGGAGCAUCCGUCCUUAUUUCUGACGCUUCUGAUCCAUGAAUUUUGUUGGGAUUUGUUGGACAGCUUUUAGGAUCUUUGUGUCAAGGGAUUUAGGGGUCAGACACCUUUCACCUGGUCCUGUUUGGGAUAAUUUCCUCUUUAGUUGGUCACAGCUGGAUAUUUGGGAACAUCCAUGUGUCUCUGUAAAAAAGUGGGAUAAAUUUGUCUGCAUUUGGGAUUUUCUGCGGAUGAUCCUGGUUGGAAUUCCAGCAGGUCUUGGAGAUUUGGGUGUGGAAAGUGGUUUUGCUGCAGCUCCUGUGUCUGGCAGCCUUUGGUCUCUUCCGAGUGGGUAGAUGAGAUAAGGAAGGAUUUGAUUUCAGGAAAAUAAUCUCUGGCUACCCUGGAAGUGUUUUUUGGGAAACUGUGGGAUUUGGGAUGAUGAGGAGAGCCUGCUCCAGUUCUGGUUUUCUGCUCUCCACCUCCUCAAACUUCUGCUGGCUCUGUCCCUGUCCCUUGCUGAAAUUCAGGGCACUUCCUCUUUCCCUCUUUUUUUACGGGCUCUGUUUCCCUUCAAAUUAAGAAUUUAACCCACCUUUGGAAGCUGCUCCAUAAAAAUCCCCUGUUUCCCAGCAGGAUUUGGGGUGUUUUUUGCUGUUUUUCCCUGUAGAGCCAGGCCUGUCCCUUCCAAGUAUUGCUGAUUUUUAAUAAAGAUUUCCCAGUGAUCUUGUGGAUUCCCCAUCCUUUGAAGUAUCCAGGGAAAAUCUUGUGGAUUCCCCAUCCUUUGAAGGAUCCAGGGAAAAUUUGGAUGAGGCUUGGAGCAACCUGGGAUAGUGGAAGGUGUCCCAUGGCAGGGGGUUGGAACUAAAUUAUUUUUAUGGUCUUUUCCAACCCAAACCAUUCCAUUAUUUCAAUUCCCUUUUUAUUCUCCUACACAAGACACUUUCCUUAGCAUGAACUAGGAAAUCCUGGUUUGUUUUUUUUUUUUUUGUGGAAUAAAGUCUGGAUCAGCUGAUUCAUCCCAUCCCCACUCCACACCCAGGUCAGGCAGGUGGGUGAUUAAUCUGUCCUGCUUUUUUAAGAGGAUCCUGGAUACUUAAAUCCGCAGCCAAGCCGGGCUGCAGGCACAGAAACCGCUCCUGACGAGCUGUUAACCUUCAAUCCUUGCGGGAAUUCAAUUUUUGUGGAUAUUUUCCCCCCUCCUUU